AUGCGUUGGUCUUCCUUCUACCACACAGCCUCGAGGGUUUUUCAUGAGUAUCCAUCCUGGUCCAAGUGUGUUGUUGUAUGCACUGUCAUCAGUGGUGGAGGUUUAGUGUCAUAUGGUGAUGCAGGACCAGUACAAAGUGAAUAUGCUAAUCAAAGCCAGAAAAAGAAGGUGGUGGUGCUUGGAACUGGUUGGGCUGGAACCAGUUUUUUGAAAAACAUGAAAAGCUCCUCCUAUGAUAUUCACGUGGUUUCACCACGUAACUAUUUUGCAUUCACUCCUUUGUUACCAAGUGUCACAAUUGGCACAGUGGAGGCACGGAGCAUUGUUGAACCUAUUCGCAGUGUCGCCCGGAAGAGUGGUGUAAAUAUACAAUUCAGUGAAGCUGAAUGCUAUAAGAUCGAUCCCAAGAACAACAAAGUUUACUGCCGUGCUGGUCAAGACAAAAAGCUGGGUGGUCUAGAAGAAUUUUCCAUUGAUUAUGAUUACUUGGUAAUAGCUAUGGGAGCCCGUUCUAAUACCUUUAACACACCCGGUGUUGAGGAGCAUGCUCACUUCCUUAAGGAAGUGGAAGAUGCUCUAAGAAUUCGUCGAAAAGUGAUUGACCUUUUCGAAAGAGCGAGCCUCCCUACUUUACCAGUGGAAGAGAAGAAAAAACUACUCAGUUUUGUAAUUGUUGGUGGUGGUCCAACUGGAGUAGAGUUUGCUGCAGAGCUUCAUGACUUCGUACAUGAGGAUAUAUCUAAAUUAUAUCCUUCUCUUAAAGAAUAUGUGAAGAUUACUCUCCUGGAGGCAGGCGAUCAUAUCUUGAACAUGUUUGACAAGAGAAUUACGGAAUUUGCUGAAGGGAAGUUCCAGAGAGAUGGCAUUGAUGUGAAGUUGGGAUCUAUGGUGGUCAAAGUUAGUGAAAAGGAAAUCUCUGCCAAAGAAAGAGGAACUGGUCAAGUUGUUUCUCUACCUCAUGGAAUGGUAGUUUGGUCAACUGGUAUCGGUGCUCGCCCUGAAUUACUUGAUUUCAUGAAGCAGAUUGGCCAGAUUAACAGACGUGCAUUAGUCACUGAUGAAUGGCUAAGGAUGGAAGGAUAUGACAACAUCUAUGCUCUAGGUGAUUGUGCCACUAUAAAUCAGCGUAGAGUUAUGGAAGAUAUAGCUGUGAUAUUUAGCAAGACAGACAAGAACAAUUCUGGAACGUUAGAUCUUAAAGAGUUUCAAGACGUUGUUGGUGACAUUAUAGAGAGGUACCCACAAGUGGAGAUUUAUUUAAAGAAGAACCAAAUGAAAGAUAUCGCCACACUGCUAAAGCAAUCUCAAGAAAGCUCUGUUUCAGUGAACAUUGAAUUCUUUAAAGAAGCUCUUUCCAAAGUAGAUUCUCAGAUGAAAAAUCUUCCUGCAACAGCUCAGGUAGCUGCUCAACAAGGUGAAUAUCUUGCAGACUGUUUCAAUCGCAUGGAGUUGUGUGAGAAGUAUCCUGAAGGCCCUCUUAGGUUCAGGGGGACAGGACGCCAUCGGUUUCAUCCCUUCAGGUACAAGCAUUUUGGACAAUUUGCUCCUCUAGGAGGAGAACAAACUGCAGCUCAGCUUCCAGGAGAUUGGAUUUCAAUUGGUCGUAGCUCCCAGUGGCUGUGGUAUUCAAUAUAUGCUAGCAAACUAGUCAGCUGGAGAACAAGGACAUUGGUGGUAUCUGAUUGGGGAAGGAGAUUCAUAUUUGGCAGGGACUCAAGUCGAAUCUGAGAUACAAUUGAAAGCUUGCAUUACACUUCAUAUAGAUUUCUUGGCACAGCAAAAAAGAACUGGGUGUUUGCUUUUCUCAUUCAAAAAAUAUUUUCUUUUUGUCCCAAUCUUGCAGAAAUUUAAUAGUACUGAUCAGUAACCCUAUGUUUUAAUUUGGUUUUGGUUGCUAAACAAAAGAAAGGUCACAUUUACAAGCUCGACUUCAUCUUGUUGCAAAAUUGCAACAAAUCUCCAAGGUGUUGUUCAUGGAAUAAGAAUCAAAUGUGCAAUUUAUAUAAGAAAGUUGUUAAUGUUUCCUAAAGGUUUGAUGGGUUGUUCCAGCAAAUAAUUUUUUAACUCAGGAUAUGUCUGAAUUCCCUUAUAAAAAAAAAAAGGCACAAAUUUCUCGGGGAAAUUUCAUUUUGUUCUGUACAACUUACACUUUACAAGAUCAAAGCUUUAAAA